AUAAAGCGAUCAACUAUAUCACAAGUUUCGAGGAAGAAAUUUGAAGUAACAACGAUCUGCAGUUCAGUGAAGUUUGCAAUCAAAACGAACAGAGAUUCAACAUGCUUCUCCUGAAAGCAUUUCUUUUGCUAACCGUUUUGAUACCAAUGAUAACAUCAACGACAGAUGUUGAAACUCGGAAGAAACGAUCAGUAAGUUCCUACGCCGUUGAAGGUUGCUACUCCUUAUUUCCAGCCGCAAAUCUGACAAAACAGAUGAGGGGUCACAACUCCAACGUAAAAUGCCAAGAAACAUGCAGAGAUAAAGGUUACAUUUUCGCGGCAACGAAAGGGGACCAAUGUCAGUGUGGAAAUGUCUAUCCCAGGGGGAAUAAAGUGAACGACAGUCAAUGCACCAGCAGAUGUAGAUCGUGGUCGUCCUGUCAUGGAGCUCAAAGCUGCUGCGGUGGACCCAGUGCUUAUACCGUGAGUGUCGUUGGCAACAUUGAUGUCGCGAAAGAAGUACUUCGUAGACUAAGUCACCAGUGGCAGACAAAUACAGGAUUCCGGAAUUACAUGAAAUCAUUUGUUACAAAACCGACUACAGGAGAUCACGAGGAGAACUGGAUAUCGUUUAACUGUCGAGGUUGGUCAACCUGUGGGCGUGGCAGGUACAUGGCGGGAUUAUACAGGCACAGCAGUAGGAGCAAUGAUUACAUUUAUCUCAUUGAGAAAGCAUAUUGUGUCGAUGCACCUGGCGACCUGUAUUCUGCAAAAAAGGAUCAGCAUUGUUACGACCACAACUGGUGGAAAAGUUUCAACAACAAAGGUUGGUCUACAUGCAAAAAUGGAUACUACAUGACCGGACUCUGGCGAAAUUCGGGAAAUAAACUAUACCACAUCGAAGAAGCCAAAUGCUGCCGACCGAAGACUCAGGUUACACGAUGGGGAGAAUGUUACAAUCACAAUGCCUGGAAGUCAUUUAAUAACAGAGGAUGGACUAAAUGUAAACCUGGAUUCUACAUGGCGGGUUUAUACAGGAGCUCAUGUCACAAAUUAUACUGCUUGGAAGAGUUUAAAUGCUGCAAGAUGGGAGCUUACAAUGGAAACUCGUGGGUAGAAAGACCGGAUCUUGUGAUAAAGUUAAAGAUCAAGGACAGCUCAAGCAGUGCUCAAUGA